CUUCCGGUGCGUUCCGGCGGUGCUCGGGAGUUGGGAGAAUCCGAAGCUGUUGUUUGGAAGACAAGAGAGGUUCUCUUUUUGGUCACUUAGCACUGGCGCCAUGGCUGCCAUGCAAAUGGAUCCUGAGCUUGCCAAGCGCCUGUUCUUUGAAGGGGCCACUGUGGUCAUCUUGAAUAUGCCCAAGGGGACAGAGUUUGGCAUUGACUACAACUCCUGGGAGGUGGGGCCCAAGUUCCGGGGCGUGAAGAUGAUCCCACCAGGCAUCCAUUUUCUCCACUAUAGCUCUGUGGACAAGGCCAAUCCCAGGGAGGUGGGGCCUCGUAUGGGCUUCUUCCUUAGCCUGCAGCAGAGGGGGCUGAUGGUCCUGCGCUGGAAUGCGAUCCGAGAAGAGGUAGACCUAUCUCCAGCCCCAGAGGCUGAGGUGGAGGCCAUGAGGGCCAACCUCCAGGAGCUGGACCAAUUCCUGGGCCCUUACCCAUACAACACACUUAAGAAGUGGAUCUCACUCACCAACUUUAUCAGCGAGGCCACAAUGGAGAAGCUGCAGCCCGAGAGCCGGCAGAUCUGUGCUUUCUCAGAGGUGCUUCCUGUGCUGUCCAUGAAGCACACCAAGGACCGCGUGGAACAGAAUCUACCUCGCUGUGGCACUGAGUGCAAAAGCUACCAGGAGGGCCUGGCCCGGCUGCCAGAGAUGAAGCCCAGAGCUGGGACAGAGAUCCGCUUCUCAGAGUUGCCCACACAGAUGUUCCCAGCAGGUGCCACGCCAGCAGAGAUAACCAGGCACAGCAUGGACCUGAGCUAUGCCCUGGAGACGGUACUCAGCAAGCAGUUCCCUGGAAGCCCUCAGGAUGUGCUUGGUGAACUCCAGUUUGCCUUUGUAUGCUUCCUCCUGGGGAAUGUGUAUGAGGCAUUUGAGCACUGGAAGCGGCUCCUGAAUCUCCUGUGUCGCUCCGAAGAAGCCAUGGUGAGGCACCACACCCUCUACAUCAACCUUAUCUCCAUCCUCUACCACCAGCUCGGCGAGAUCCCGGCCGACUUCUUUGUGGACAUCGUCUCCCAGAACAACUUCCUCACCAGCACCUUACAGGUUUUCUUCUCCUCCGCCUGCAGUGUUGCCAUGGAUGCCACCCUGAGGCAGAAAGCGGAAAAGUUCCAAGCUCACCUGACCAAGAAGUUUCGGUGGGACUUCGAGGCAGAGCCAGAGGACUGCGCCCCGGUGGUGGUGGAGCUCCCUGAGGGUGUAGAGACGGGCUAACCGGGAAUGCUGUCAGCAAGGGGAGGCCGCUUCCCCUACAGCUGCAGUGUUGGCCUCUCCACCCCUUCCUUCUGGGACCUGAGGGGGUAGGUAGUGGCCCCACCAGAUCUGUAGAGAUGGAGCCAGAAUUCCCUCUUCCACCAAUAAAUCAGUUUCUUCGGUGCCCAAGGGGAAGUAUGCAUCCGAAGCCACCUUCAUGGGUUCCCGUCAGCCUGGCCACGAGGCUAACCUGACCAGAUUCCAGAUGGGCUCUUACAGAAGCUCUCCGGAGAGACCUGCCUCAGCAGCACCCUACUUCCUUCCAAAGGAGAAGAAUGUGAGCCAAUAGCCUAAGGAAAGUGAUUGUUUCUUCCACAGAACGGUUAGAAAACAAGAAACUCUGGACCACACAGGGUUUGAGCGAUCAGUUGGUGAUUUAAAAGUUAAACAGGGUGAGAGGGAGAUGAGCUAGAAUUUCUGCCUGUCCUUGUUGAAUGGGAACGCAUCACAGAAGAUGUGGACAUGGGACCACCAGGAGCUCCAGAGUGGGGAGAGGGGACCCAGAAGACAGUUGGAUUGAGUCUGACAAAUGGUCAGUUUUUGCUUUCUCCAAGUUUCUUCCUUCUGUCCUGAGGUCCCAGUGGGUAGUUGUCCAAGACUGUUGUGGCUCCUGACCUCAGGGACUUUGCUGAAGCCACAUCCUUCUCAUCUGUCCCAUUUUGAGGCCUCAGACCCAAAGGUGGGACUUGGCAUCCCUUCCAUAUGGCUCCAUGCCUCACCAGAGCCACCAUGACUCUUUCUGGUGACCUGGAGAUUGAACAACAAAGAGGGAGGUUCUUGCUCUGGAGAGGCUUCUUUUUGUGCCUUUAUUCAGGGCUCUGUGGAGGACCUGGUCAACCUAGGUCUUCCAAGUCCUGCUGUGGAGCUGCCAGCCACAGGAGUAAUGAUGCUUGCAUUCCCUCGGAGUCCUGAGGCUGUUCCCGUCACACGCAGGUCCUGCCACCCUGACCUCAAACCGCUGUACUCCAACAAGAGUCCCUGCUUUCCCAAGGUGCAGCUCACACCAGGUUUCUGAAUGCGAAUCCAUGCUGGUUAAGACUUUUGGUUUCACUUGUUUCCUUGGAGAUGUUUUUUCAAGAGCAUAAUGUACAUUAAAGUCUUUGAGUUGAGACUAAA